AUGAAACUAGCUUUUGAUUUAUUUGAUAUGAUUUGGCCAUCAUAUGCUAGUUAUAUUUUAAUUAAAUUAUAUUCUUCUAUUGAUGAUCCAACACAAAUAUUUGUUCAUUUAACAUUUGAUGACAAAGAACAAAUUAUACCAUGGAUAAAUGAUUAUUUUUGUCCAUAUCAUAUAUUUAUUGAUCAUUUAAAAAAUCAAAUAGAUGAUCGCGUUAUACCAUAG